UUUUAUAAAAUAGGAGAGCCAUGCGAAAAGAUUCGAAUUGUAUGUUUUUUUUUAUUUGUCUGCAGUUUUCUGUUUUGAAUAGUUUGUAUUCGAACGCUAUUUUGAAACCUAAGCAGGUUAUUUGUUUGGAAAAGCUGUUCCUUGGCGUGGAUAUAUUGGCAAUUCUACCAACCGGUUAUGGCAAGUCCUUAAUUUACCAGCUUUUGCCUUUGAUGCUGUUCGCUAAAAGAGCAUUGGAAGAACGUACAAAUCAGCAACUUUGUACGGAUGAAGUGACCUCUGUGCUGCUUGUGAUAUCUCCAUUGAACGCUUUAAUAAACGAUCAAGUUCGAAAGUUAUGUGCGAUAGGACUUAGAGCAUCGGCGAUAAAUAUUCAGCCACAACAAAAUAUUGACGAUGAAAUCGAUUGUGAUGUAACUGAACUUGAACAAAAAACGAAGCUGAUCAAAGGAUAUUAUAAUUUGUUGUUUGCUCAUCCUGAAGCGCUAAUAUCAAGCAAGUUUGGAAAAGAACUAGUGAACAGCGCUAUAUACCAAAAACAUGUUUGCGCUAUUGUAAUCGAUGAAGCCCACUGCAUUCUUGAAUGGGGAGAUGAUUUCAGACAAGAUUAUGCAAAGCUAAGUGUGUUGUGUGCUGUCUUUCCAAAAGUACCACUUCUGGCUAUGACGGCUACAGCAAAUAAAAGUGACCGAAGGCAGAUUAAGGAAUCACUUGGCCUGCAUAGUUGUUUUGAAUUGAUUGCAAACCCCAACAGAAAAAACAUCUUCUAUGAAAAGACAUUCAGAUAUGGACAAGAUAUUGAUGCAUUUGAGCACAUUUGCAGACCAAUUGCAGUCGAUUUGCUACAUAUGAAAAUCGAUUUCCCGUUGACUAUUAUAUAUAUGCCACUUCGAUGGUGUGGGUUUGUAUACCGACUAUUUGAAACCAUACUUGGUAUAAACCAAUAUUAUCCAGCAGAUUCCCUAGCCCUACCAAAAAACAGACUAUUUGGACAAUUUCAUGCUCCACAGACAGCCAAGAUGAAACAAGAAAUUUUAGAACAAUUGAGUCUGCAGUCAUCAAAAAUAAGGGUGGUUUUAGCUACAGUUGCCUUUGGAAUGGGGGUGGACAUUCCCUCAAUUAGGCAAAUUAUACAUAUUGGGCCACCAAGAACCAUUAGAGAAUAUCUCCAAGAAACUGGCAGAGCAGGUCGAGAUGGAAAACCUUCAAAGCCAUACUGUAUUACAAUAACAGAGACAUUGCUAAGAACAAACCAGGAUUCCAGGAUGAAGUACGAAUGUAUUGCCUCAGCGAUGAUCAGUGCUUGCGUACUCUACUGCUGCAAUUUCUUGACAUUAGCCAGCCUGAAGCAGUUUCACCAAAACAUUCAUGCUGCAGUGUUUGCAAAACACAAUGCUUAUGUAUUGAGUGUGGUUUAG